AUGGUUCCCGGUGCACCUCAUGUUGGACAAGGUUACAGUGGGAAAUAUUUUACACAUCUUGAAUUCAUUCUUGGAAAUGAACUUGACUGGCCUGAAACAUCAUUUGCAACAGGUUAUAAGAAUCUCUCUUGGCCUACACUUCAAGGAUAUACAGAUUCUUUGUAUUUUAGAUUAAGGGAACACAAUUUAUGUAAUCAUAGAGAUUAUCAAAAUUUGGCUGUUAAUGGAGCAGACAGUGAAGAGACAAUUAAAUAUAUUAAAGAAAUUUCACGCAACAAGACAUCAUUACCUGUGAUUGCCAUAUAUGCCAUGAUGGCAAAUGAUCUCUGUUCAGGUUACAUAAAUUCUUUAGAUGACUUAAUUAAACCAGAAAAAUUUAAGAAAAAUGUAUUAAAAAGUCUAAACUUUUUGGAAAAUACAUUACCUCCCAAUAGUCAUGUUGUAUUAGUGGGUUUAGUAAAUGGUUCUUUCAUUUAUCCUACAAUGGCAAAACAUUUACAUCCUCUAGGACAAGUAAAUAAAGAUGUAACUUAUGACGACCUAUAUAAUUGGCUUAAUUGUAUGAAAAUUGGUCCUUGUUAUCAAUGGUUGAAUAAAAAUGAAACUAUAAGAACAGCUACUUCAAAGAGAGGAGAGGAACUUUCCAAUGUCUUAAAACAAAUAAGUGUUUUAUAUAAAUUCAAAUCAUUCAAACUCCAUUAUAUGCAUAAUCCAUUAUAUCAAGUAACACAUGAAUGGCAACAAUCAGGAUAUUUAAUAUGGGAAAUGUUAGAACCAAGUUUUGGUUUUCAUCCUGUACAGAAAUUACAACCUUUUAUUACAAAAAUAAUUUGGAGAGAACUAGUAGAAAAAAAUAUUGUAGGUAAGGCUAAUCCAAAUAAUGAAAAGAUUCAAAUACUGUUUGGUAAUCAAGGUGGACAUUAAAUCAUUCUAAACAUAAUUUAUAAUUACAUACAAUUGCUGCAGUUUUUUUGUAAAUGUGUACAUAUAUAUAUAUAUAUUUUUUUACAUAUAAGUAUGUAUCAAUGUAAUUUUCAGUUUUGAAGAUUAA